AUGACAAUUAAGCAAGCUGUUCAAACUUGUGUUCUUUCCCACAGAUGGAUGUGCUUGUGGAAGUAUGUUCCGAAGUUGAACUUCGAAGAUUCAAGGGCGAUGGAUAGGAUUAAAGAUUCGAUGAGCAAGGAUGAGAUAGUUGACUCGGAAAGAUGUUGUUUUAUUAGCUUUGUCAAUCGUGUCUUGGAACAACCUCUUGGUGAUAUUGAUGAAAUGAGGAUAAAAUUUGAUUUGGAUAAUCUUUGCAAAUUUGAUAUUGAUAAGUGGGUGAAUUUUGCGACAGCAAGUGAACUCAAUAAGCUCGAAUUAGACUUUUAUCCUGCAUUGUUUUUCACCCGGAGACAUCCUCAUCUUCUGGAUUCCUGUCAGCUCCUUGAGAAUCUGUGCCUCGAGUGUUCAGAAAUUUUAACUAGUGUAAGCUCUGCUUCCUUGUCACUACCCUUGAAACAUUUAAAUGUUUCUUGCUGCUUUAAUAUGCAAACAAUUGAUAUAUCUGCCCCAAAGCUCUUGUCGUUGACAUAUUUUGGUGAUCCUAUUGAGUUCAAUAUUCGGAAUGCCUCCUCACUUUUGGAGCUAUCUGUUGGCGGUGAUAAACUUAUCAAAGUAGCCUAUGCGUUUGAACCUUUGGCAAUAUAUCUUUCACAAUUGAAGUAUCUACAACUGCGGAUGCGCUUACAUAAUGGGAAUAAUUUAGCGAUCGAGCACCCACCUGCCUUCCCAAGCCUGAAGCAUCUUGAGCUGUAUGCUGUGGCUGAUUUUAACGAAUCCUCCUGGGAUGGAUCCCUCUGA